ACACAGACUUUUAUUUUGAAAGUCAAGGCUCUUUAGCGAAAUUAUAACCUGAAAGAAUUUGGUUUAUUCAACGGGAUUGUGAUUCAGUGGGUCAGGAGAGUUAGUGAAAAACAUUUAUUGUAAUAUUAAAUAUAAUAACAGACUAAAGAUAAUCCUCGUGUUACGACUUUUACUCAAUUUGAGACACUGCGGGGCUUGAUAGUCGCCAUCUUUGUUCGGGGCAAAAUGCCGAAAAGUUGUUCUGCAUUUAAUUGCACCAAAAGGUACAAUAAUAAAAAUCCUGAGAUAACGUUUCACAGGUUUCCUUUCAGUAAACCAUCAGUUCUGAAACAAUGGUUAGAUAACAUCGGACGAGACGACUUUCAGCCGAGGAAACACAUGGUCAUCUGUUCACUUCAUUUCACCCCUGACUGUUUCAGUGGUUUCGGCAAUCGCAAAAAUCUGUUAUGGAACGCCGUGCCAACAAUCUUCACUAUCCCACCUGAGGAUGCAAAGACAGUUUCUAAAAAGAGAAUAAAAAAGGCUGCUGAUAAAUUGGAUAACAUUGCACGUGAGAGAAAAGAUUCUUCUGCUGAGGAUGCUCAAAGGUUGGAAAAGGACGCUCGAUUGGUUUCUCACAUUAAUGAAGGGUCUGGGUGUCAAACCACAAGGGAUUUAGCAGCCACAGACCACACCUAUGCCAUUUUGGAUCCAUGCACGACUAAAGCCCACCUCUUUGAGGUUUUAGAUGCCAACAUAUGGCUACGGAAAAGAUUACAGACAAAAUGCAGAGUGAUAAAAAGAAUGAGGCUUAAACUACAAGGGACACAAAGAGAGCUUCUGACUUUACGGCGUAAAAUGAAGCGCAGAGAUAUAGACACACACAUUACCACAGACAGUUCCCAAAACAAGGUGGCAGUGCCUUAAAGACCUAACCAAGCAUUUAAAGUGAUUUAAAGGGAUAGUUUAUCCAAAAAUGAUCACCCAAACCUGUAUCAAUUAAUUUAUUCUGGUAAACAUGAAGAUAUUUUGAGGAAUAUCUAUAACCAAACUGAUCAUUGGCCCUAUUAACUUUCAUAGUAGGAAAAAAUAAUUCUAUGAAAGUGAAUGGGGCUCAUGAAUGGUUUGGUUACAAACAUUUAUCAAAAUAUCUUCCUUUGUGUUCAUCAGAACAAAGAAAUUGAUACAGGUUUGUAACAACAUAAGAGAGUAAAUGACAGAAUUAUUGGGUGAACUAUCCCUAUAUUUGGGUCACACUAAGGUGUUGAUUUCUUGAACAAAUGUAUAAUUUAACAAACACACAUUUUGAAACUUCACUGUAUGCUUUGUGAUGACUUAACAUUUCUGCCUGGUAAUGUUAACAAAAUAUCAAGUUGCUGUUCUUUUGAAUAAAUUGGACUGUAGGAGAAUGUAC